CAGAAUGAGGAGAAUGAAUGCAGGAGUGAGAAUUGGAGAGGAUAAAGUAUGUGUGUUGUUGUAUGCGGAUGAUGUGGUGGUUAUGAGUGAGUCUGCUGAAGAACUACAGAGUCUCCUAGAUGUGGUAGGGGGUUAUGGAAGGGAUUUUGGGGUUAGGUUCAGUAGUGAGAAGAGCAAAGUAAUGAUAGUGAAUAGGUCAGAGGAUGAGAGAGAAACAACUUGGAGACUGGAAGGGGAUGAGUUGGAACAGACGGAAGAAUACAAGUAUCUAGGGGUGUGGAUGGAGGUAAAUGGAUGCGGCAGGGCCAAGAAUGUAAAGAUAAGUAUGGCAAACCAGUGGGUAGGCCGUUUAGGGAGUGCAGCGAGGAUGAGAGCGAGCAAGUAUGAUGUCAUCCGUGAGGUUUGGAAGAGUGUGGCUGUCCCGAGCAUUAUGUAUGGAAUGGAUGUGAUGACAUGGAAUGACAGUGAGAUAGAAAAAUUGGAAGUGGGGCAGAAUAGGGUAGCAAGAAUGGCACUGAAUGCACCAAGGUUUGCAGCAGUAGAGGCUCUUAGGGGGGACAUGGGAUGGAGCACGUUUAGGGAAAGACUAGUAAAGGCAACCUUGAGAUAUAAAGUGAGACUGGAACAAAUGGAGGAUGCAAGAUUAGCAAGGAAAGUAUACUUGUGGAGUAUAAGAGAUAUGGCAAAUGGGCGAAUAAAUGUGGAUGAAUGAUAGACAGGAAUGUUAUGCUAAGUAGGUGGGUGUACCGACCCUUUGAAGAUAGACAAAAUGUGUUUGAAUGGAGAAUAACAAACAGAAAUGGAGAGGGGUUUGAGUGGGAUGUAAGAAAGUGGAAGAAUGUGAUAGAUAUGGCAGUUAAAGAUGAGGGAUUGAGCAAGUGGAAGAAUGAGAUGGAAAGAAAGGAAACUCUCGACUGGUAUAGGGAGAAAGAGGCCCCAAAGUGUGAGGUGUGGUAUGAGGGAAGCCUGGGAGGUGAUCUUUUCCGUGCUAGAGCGCAGUGUCUGGAUGUGAAUGCAAGGAACUAUAGAUGGUCUGAGUCCCGCAGCAAAGUAUGCCAGAUGUGUGAUAGGGGUGUGGACGAGACUGUGCAGCAUGUAGUGCUGGAAUGCAAGAAGUAUGACAGGGAGAGAACGAAGAUGAUGCAUGUGUUUUUGAGCGAGAUGGGACGUGGAGUAAACGGGAGGACUGGAAGGGAGUGGAUGGUGCUGCUGCUGGGGCUCAGUGGAGAGACGAGUGGACGAGUGAUUGAGGCAGUGAAAGAGUUCUUGGAGGGCAUGUGGCGUGAAAGAUGUAGGGAAUGAUAUCUUGCCCCGAGAACAUUGACUUCCCGCAUGUUUUUGUUUUCUUUUCACAGGAGCUGCCGAUACAAAGGCCUGGCUGGGGAGAAAUCCCGAGCCACCUGUGACAUCAAGAUCAAGAUCAAGAUAACAAAAAAAUUCCCCGCCAAUCCUGAAGUGUUGAAUAAUAUCGAUAAUAAUAGUAAUAACAACAUUCCUGGACCUCUCACGGCUGCAGGAGGAUAACACGGGCCAGGACCGAGAAGACCAAGAAGAAGAAGAAGAAGAAGAAGAAGAAGAACCCCACUACCACCACCACCACCGACUCUACCAUGACAGGCCGAGUGGUUGCUUUGGUUGACAUGGAUUGCUUCUACGUGCAAGUUGAGGAGCGCGAUCGACCGGACAUCCGAGGCAAACCGGCGGCUGUUGUCCAGUAUAACCAGUGGAUGGGCGGCGGGAUCAUCGCUGUCAACUAUGAGGCGAGGGCGUUUGGGGUCAAGCGAGGGAUGCGCGGCGACCAGGCAAGAGAGAGGUGUCGCGAUGUCAACUUAGUGACCGUUCCUGUGAGUCGCGGCAAGGCGGACCUGACCAAAUACCGCGACGCCGGCAAGGAGGUUCUUGACGUACUGGCGGACUUCUGCGACUGCAUCGAACGCGCGAGUAUAGACGAAGCGUAUCUUGACCUCACGAGUGUUGCGACCCAGCGGCUGGCGGCUGAGGGGGCGGGUGAGGUCAGUGAGGUCGCUGUCGAAGCCUUGCCAUCCACCUGGGUCGUUGGGCAGAGUGGUGACCUUACGGAUGAUGCCAAAGACGAGAGGGAAGAGGGCUUAAGAAAAUGGCUUGCAACUCUAUACAAGAAGAGGAGGAGGAAGACGGAAGAAGAAGAGGAAGAGGAGGAGGAGGAGGAUGCGAUGGGCCGUUCGAGCACCCCGGAUGACCUCAGGCUGGCUAUGGGGGCGGUCAUUUGCGAGGAGAUGCGACGCGCGGUUUUGGUGCGGACGGGCUUUAAGUGUUCCGCCGGCAUCGCUCAUAAUAAGAUGCUGGCCAAGCUCUCCUGCGGUCUACACAAGCCUAAUCAACAGACCAUAUUGCCCCAGGGGGAGGUGGCAAAACUAUGGGAUCAGAUGCCCCUGGGGAAAGUGCGCAACCUUGGGGGGAAGCUGGGGGACUCCUUGACCACCCACCUGAGCUGUGUGACCAUGGGGGACCUCUCUAGGGUGCCCCAGGGGAGGUUACGAGCGCUGUAUGACCACAAGACUGCGCACUGGUUACACUGUCUGGGGCGCGGCAUAGACUCGGAGGCAGUCUCGGCGCGGCAGCUGGCAAAGAGCAUCGGCUGCAGCAAGAACUUCCAGGGCCGGGAGACGCUUGACACCCCAGAGAAGGUACAGAAGUGGACCUUAAGCCUGGCCGAGGAACUUUCCGAGCGCUUGACGGCUGACGAGGCUGCCAACAAGCGGUGCGCCCAGACCCUGACCGUCAGCGUGCGUCUGGAGGGUGAGGAGCGGGUUGCUUCACUCACCCGCUCCUGUCCGCUGCCCUCCGUGGAUGCCCAGCGGAUUGCACGAGUUGCCUUGGCCCUGUUCAAGCAUACCAACGCGGCUGCCUCUGUGGAUGAUGGUGUUUGGUCGCCGGGCAUCAAGCACAUCAGUCUCUCAGCGGGCAAGUUCCGGGACACUGGAGGUCAAGGGUCGGCGAAUAUUCAAGACAUGUUCAGACACGCCCAGGCCAAGCAGGGUGCCUCCACGCCCCCCCCUCCCGGCACCCCUAGGCACUCCUCUUCCUCCUCCUCCUCCUCCUCCUCUUGUUCUUCUUCCUUUUUUAGUAAGACUUCCCGCACUUCCGUAUCUUCCUCCUCCUCCUCCUCUUCUAAGAUAGCUGGUUCUUCUAUACCUUCCUCCUCCUCCUCCUCCUCCAUCCGUUCCUCCUUCAAGCUCUCCUCCUCCUCUUCCUCCUCCACCUUUCUUCCUCCGUUUCCUCCUCCUUCCUCUCCGAAAGUUCCCUCCAUCAGUUCUUAUUUCUCUUCCUCUUCUUCCUCCUCCUCCUCCUCUUCAGUAAGCAAGAGGAGAAAGGAGGAGGAAGAGGAGGCUCACCCUGACCUCUUAGAAGCCUCAACCACCCAAUCACAAGCUCAGGAAGUGGGAACGAGCCAAUCAGAAGAGAGAAUGAAGCGAUUACAACCUCAGGAAGUGCGAACGAGCCAAUCACAACCUCAGGAAGAGACACAGAGCCAAAUUGAACUCCAGGAUGCAGGAAACAGCCAAUCAGAACCCAGGGAGGUGCGAGCGAGCCAAUCAGAAGACAGAAUGAGCGUAUUAGACCCUCAGGAGGUGCGAGCGAGCCAAUCAGAAGACAGAAUGAGCGUAUUAGACCCUCAGGAGGUGCGAGCGAGCCAAUCACAACCCCAGAAUCAACCACAGGAAGCAGGAAUCAACCAGUCACAACCAAGAAUCACCACCAAAUUGACCAAUGGGGGCGUUGGGAAGGUCAGGGUGAGGUCAGGUCGCGUGUCCUUCCCCAGCCAGGUCAGUUUGGGGUCACCAAGAGGUCAGGAGGCAAGGUCAACCAAUUCAUUCUUCCGAAAUUUCAUGCGGAAGAAGAUUGGUGGUGGUGGUGGUGGUGGUGGUGAUGAUGAUGGUGAUGGUGGUGAU